GCCCCAUUGUGAGGUGUGAGGUGUCCCAGGCUAUUUCCAGCCAGCAGGGCCAGCACAGCCCCAGAUGCACUGCUGGUUGCAAACCAGAGCUCCUGGUUUGGAUCCCCAGCCUUGGGCCUCGCGUGCUACCAAAGGCGCCCAGGCCCUGCAUCGCUAUGGCACCGCUGCUGCUGGUGCUACUGCUGCUGGGCCUGGCCCCCAGCCUGGCCCGGCCCCUGAGACCCUGCCCAGGGCCCUGCCGCUGCCGUGGGCACCGGCUGGACUGCAGCGGCGCUGCCCUGUCCCGCGUGCCCCCGGCCACACGCCAACGGCCCUUCUCUGUGCUGGAUUUCACUGGGAAUGUGCUCAGUCUCAUCCCCCGGCAGGCGUGGCAGGGAUACCCAUGGGCUGAGAAGCUAGUCCUCCAGCACAACAACCUGCUGGCAGUGAAGAGGCGCUCGCUGGAGGGGCUGCUCCUGCUGAGGCAUCUGGAUUUAGCUUACAACAAAAUCCAGCUGCUCGAGGAGCGUGCUUUUGAGAACCUUCCUUUCCUGGAGACCAUAAACCUGGAGGGAAAUCUCCUCACCGAGAUCCGGAACGACACCUUCCGGGCAUGGCACGGGAUGCAGUUCCUCCAGACACUGGUCCUGAGCCGUAACCCCCUGUCUGUUAUUGAGGACAUGUCAUUCUUCAAGCUGCCUUCAGUCGCUCACCUGGACCUGGGUGCCACACGAGUGACUCGGCAGAUGCUGCUCAUGCUGCUCCUGGGAACAUCCCGCUUGGAAACACUCAAGCUGUCCAUCGACACGGCCUGCUGCCUCUGCCAGCACAAGCACAGCACCGAGACCCCGUGCAGGACCCUCAGCUUCGACUGCACGAGCGUGUGCAGCAGCACUGCUCCCCGCUGCGCUCCCUUGGCAGAGACACCAGGGCUCCUGACGGGAGCCGUGCCACCCAGGGAAGGGAACAGCAGCUCCAUGUUGAAGACCCAGCCCAAGGAGCCCUUGCUCAGGGAGCAGAGAAUUGUCACGCUCACGGUUGUCCUGAGGCUGAGCAGCCCCAAUGCGUCAGCACCUUCCCCUCAGCAGCUCUCGAGGCAGGAGAGCAACACCGCCAAGGAGCUGGUGCUGAUGCUGCAGCGCGCUCAGCAAAGGGGCUGGAACAGCUCCCUUGACACAAAGAGGUUCUAUUUUCUAGCAGAGGGGCUCGUGGCACAGCUGAAGAACAAGAUGCACAAGGCCACGAGCACCCUCACUCUGAAAAGCCCCAGCACAGCCCAACCAGCACAGAGCGACAAGGGGCAGGAGGUGCCAGCAGGCCAGGGAGGAAGAGCCACAGGCUGGAAGCAGCAUGAGCCUGGCCUGCACUUGUCCCGAUCACAAUCCAUCCUUUGGGAAGCAGUGCAGAGGUUGAACAUCAGCGACAUCCUGCCCAUCUCCAGCCAUCAGAGAGCACCCACCCCUCCUGCAUCACAGCCCCCUACACCAUACCCAACAGAGGCCCCGCAUCUGGCCCACUCUGCUAAUGGCCCCCCUGCUGCCAGCAGUGCAGCAAAAGACACAGCUACAACAGAGCGUUCCCCUCUAGGCGGGAACUCACUUACCGCCCCUGCAAGCACCACCACACGCGAGCAGAGCAAGGAGCAGGAACCGCCCAUCCUGACGGCACCCGGCAGCUCCAGCACCCCGGCUGGUGCGGCCACGCAAGGAGCCCCCUUUGACACCCUGCUCAGCCGCCACCUACGCUGGCUGGUGCCAGACCGAGCCCUGCGCAGGUUCAUGGCACAGGUGGCUCGAGCCCUGCGGGGGGACUGUGGCCUGCCUCAGCUCCAGCCGGCCUGCGCCAAGAUGGUCUCGAGGAUGGGGCUGCUCCUGAAGCUGCUGAGUGAGAAGCAGCAUGACAUGGAGCCCUCUGAUCUCCUGGAGCAGUGUGUGCAGGAGGAGGACACCAGGACCGCACGUCCCCGUGCCAAGGAGAUGGACAGUGAUUCUGCAGAGACGGAGAUGCCCAAUCACACCUCUGUGCAAAGGCUGCUGCCGGUGCUCACGCUGCUCAUUCUCAUCCCUCUCCAAACGUGUAUUGCUCUCUUGGUGCUGUGCUGCUUCAAGGUGAGCCAAGGACUAGUUUGGCAGAGCACUGCCAGCUAA